CUGGCCUCUCGUUUCCGACGCUCGCGGAAUCGCUGGGGAAAGAGAGUCCAGUAUAACUUGCAUGCGCAUGUCAGCUUAGCGACCUCGUGAUUACCACACCGAUGUGGUAAUCACGAGGUUACCUAGUCCUAUACAAUUACCAAGAUGGCGGAGAGCGCGGUGGAAGGUAGUUUCCACUUGAAAUACAAAGAUAAUUUUGGACCGGCUUUUCUAAAUGCCGUUAGUUAUGCCUUAAAAAAAUGUAAAUAUAAUUUUAGUCCUAAGUUCGAACAGCUUCAAGCCAUUCACGAAUUAACAAUUGGAAAAGAUGUUUUUGUAAAUCUUAGUACUGGCUUUGGAAAAUCCUUGAUCUAUACUCUCUUUCCCUUUGUCUGCGAUUUUAUUCUGUCCACCGAUGAUACAACCUGCACUUCAUCAAGCUUAGUACUGGUUUCUCCUUUAAUUUCUCUGAUGGACGAUCAGCUAUCUCAGAUGUCUUCUCAGGGGAUUUCUGCCGUUAAGUUGACGGAUCUAAAUUCCACCCAACUAAAUUCAAGAUGUCUUCCUAAAUUCCUACUUGUCUCACCUGAAGGCUUUCAAUCAGAAGCCAUCAGAAGUGCUCUUCAACAAUUUAAGGCCAACAUWAUGUGUGUAGCUGUWGACGAAGCUCAUUGUGUGGAGCAAUGGUAUGUUUUAAGCUUAAAUAAGCAGAAAAAUAUGUCAAAUUUUAUUUCAAAAGGAAAUGCUGUUUUGUUUGGUUACAGGGGACGGGAUUUUCGCACAGCAUACAAUGAUCUCAGAGAGAUAAGAGCACUUUUAAUGCCAAAUAUACCUAUGCUAGCAUUAACUGCCACUGCAAGUUCAAGAACAAGGAACUAUGUGAUUUCUAAACUUGARAUGGAAGGGUGCUCUCUUGUUAAAAGUUCCUCAAACAGGCAUAAUAUCUUUUAUUCUGUUGUUCAGCUAAACAAGGAGGUGGACAUAGAUCAGUCAUUGGAUUGUUGUUUUCAUGCUAUUGUGCAAACAUUGCUGGAGAAAAAAUGUCAAACAGAUAAAACUAUUAUUUUUUGUACUUCUACAAACCAUUGUGCUACAAUUUUUGAAUAUUUUGAGCAAGGCUUAGGUGAAAACAUCAGAUAUAACUCUGAGCUUCUUGUGAACAUGUAUGUUAAGAUAACAGAUGAAGAAUCUAAGAAAGAUAUCAUUAACAAAUUUUCUCAUGAAGAUGGCAUUUUAAGGGUAGUGAUAUGCACAUCUGCCUUUGGUAUGGGAGUUGACUGCCCUAAUGUCAGGCAUGUCAUUCAUUAUCGUUCCCCCAGCAAUCUCAUGCAGUUUAUGCAAGAGAGUGGGCGUGCUGGUAGGGAUAAUAAAUGUGCAACAAGUACUGUAUAUUACUCAUUGAAAGAAUUUGGGCACUAUAAAGCAAAACUCACCAAAUCAUCAGCUUCCAAAUUAAAGUUUGAGGAAUUAGAUUGUAUGAAAGAAUAUUGUGAGAAUAUAUCUGUUUGUCGCCGUUUCCUUCUCAUCAAAUAUUUUGAUACUCAAAGAGAGGCAACCAGAUUGUCUAAUGCUAUGUUGUUACAUGACUGUUGUGAUGUUUGUUCUCCCAAAUGUAUAUGUCCAGUUUGUAAAUCUGACUCAGCAAAGAGUGAAGAACACCUCUGCAAGAUCGCAAGUGCCAAAGCUGCCUUAACUAUGUCUAAGUCACAAAAGAAAAGAAUGAYAGACUCUUUAGUACUGUAUAAGAAUUCACUUGGGGAACCAACUGACAGUUUAUUUAGUAUGGACAAAGUCACUGGUUUUACCGAUAACGUAAUUGAUCAGGUGGUUGGUCAUUGCAAUGAUAUCUUCACAAUUCAGGAUGUUUUUAACUUUACUGAUGUUUGGCUUGACAAGCAUGCAAUUGCAAUAUUGGACAUUAUCACUGAUGCACGUAAACAUGUGGCUGAGUGAUGACACCUUUGUGUACUUCAGCAAGGAACAUUUCUCAAGUACAAUUACAAAGCCUCAUUUGUCUGUUAGAAAUAUCAUGGUUUAUUUUAGCUUCAUUUCCUUGUCAAAAUGGUGUUUACUGUAAUUGGU